GAAGAUCUUAAGACGCAGACAAAGAAUGUAGAAGAACAGCUGAGAGAGAAUGAGGAGCAAGUUGAGAAUUUACGAACGAACCUGAAAGAUGUAGAGAAACGAUUAACACAGAAAGAGGCACAAGAAGAAAAUUUACGAUUAAGCCUGGAGCAGAUGGAGCAAAGGAUGAGAGAAGAAUUAACACAAAAGGAAACGAGUGAAACUGAGUUGCGCAAACAGCUUAGCGAAAGGGAGGAGCAGGCUGUUGACUAUCAGAGACAUUUGAGCGGGAUGGAACAGCAAUUGUCAGAAAAAGAUGAUCAAAAGGAAACUUUACUGAAACAACUUAGAGAGAUGGAACAACGAUCGAGAGAGGUUACAGCGGAGAAUGAGAUGAGAGAAAAUGAGUUUCGUGAACAAACCAGAGGGGAGAGAGAGCAAGAACUGAGGGAGAUGGCACGUCAGUUGAUUGAGAAGAAGCAAAAAGAGGAGAACUUACGCGCGCAAAUAAGGGUACACUUAAUGGAACAACGGCUGAGAGAAGAAAUGGAAGAAGAAGCUACUAGGCUAGUUGAACAGCUUAGAGAAAGGGAUCAACAAAUAGAAAACUUUCAGAUGCAGUUGCAAGGGCUACGUGAACAACUCAGAGAAAAGGAUCAGCAUUUAGCAAACGCUCGAACGCAGGUGGAGGAGCAAGAACUACUCAGAACAGAUCUCCAGCACCAACUUGAAGCAAUUGUAGCAGAAAAUGCAAAUCUCCGACAACAGGUUGUUAACCUCGAGAAUCACACCGGAUCACAGCCCGAUGAUUGGGUAAUUUCCCGGGAUAAUAUUCAGUUGACUGAUAAAAACCUUGGAGUUGGAGGGUGGGGUGAGGUUUUUGAGGGCAGGUACUGUGGCUGUUCUGUUGCCGUUAAGCGAAUCCAUGAGGCAAUUAAUUCGCCUCACAACCAGAGUUUGUUCCAGAGGGAAAUUGAUAUUGCUUCACGAUGCCGACACCCUUGCUUGCUGCAGUUUAUCGGAGCGACUUAUGACGAGGAAAUUCCACUGUUUGUUACUGAGCUGAUGGAAUCAAAUUUGCGCGAGCUACUGGAACAACGACCUCUUUCCCGUGAGGAAAUCACCGUAAUUUCGCUUGAUGUGGCUCGAGCGUUGAACUACCUCCACCAAAAGAAACCUUUCCCUAUUUUUCACCGCGAUGUUAGUAGCGGCAAUGUGCUGCUGUGGCGACAGGCUAACCAGUGGCGAGGCAAAGUGUCAGAUUAUGGUUCUGCUAAGUUUGAGGAACAGUUCAUGUCAAUUGGCCCAGGAUGUUUCGCCUACAGUGCACCUGAAGUGCAGAUACCAGCAAAGCAGACAGCAAAGGUGAGAAAAUAAGCUUACAGAAUUACGUUGGAGAAGUUUUUUUAAAACAUGAACCCUUUACAAUUAAGGAUUAAGCGGUACUUGUGUCUUAACUCAGUCUUAAGUCGUGUGCUCGGUUAACGCAAAACGGCAAAGUGUGCUCAGUCUACAAAAACGGCAAAUUGUGCACGGUCUACACAAACGGCAGUGUGCUCAGUCUACACAAACGGCAGUGUGCUCGGUCCACACAAACGGCAAAUUGUGCUCCGUCUACGCAAACGGCAAAAAGCUUGUGAAAACAGCGAUCUUAUUUCAUUGUUUCUUCUUGUCCUGCUUUUCAGAUUGAUGUCUACAGUUUCGGUGUUCUCCUCUGUGAAAUGUGCAUUCAGAAAUUCCCAGAGUAUCAAAACCGUGAACGUCAAAUCACUCAGAUGACAGACCAGGUAUUGCAAGACCUCGUCCGCCGAUGUGUGCGGUCAGAUCCCACUGAAAGACCAGACAUGACAGAGAUUAUCAGUACACUGGAAGAGUUCAAUAAAACGUUGUAA